GCGCAAGUCGCGCAGUGCCCUUCCUGCUCGCCAUGGAGCCGCGUCCUCCCGCUUCUCCCGGCAUCGCAGCGCUGCGCAAUGCUCUCGAAGACAAGAGCCGUAUGCCAGUAGGAGCCGACGCCGCCAUCGACGCGUUCCUGGCCAAGACGCAGAAGCUGCAGCGCCGCGACGGCCGCUCGGGCGCAUCGGGCUUCGAGCGCGAGUACAUGGAGCUGUGCUGGAGCAUCGACAAGGCGCCGGGCUACGAGGCGUCGCUCACGCUGCAGACCAAGGCCACCAAGCCCAAGAACCGGUACCGGGACGUGCUGCCUUACGAGGCCACGAGGGUCAAGCUGCAGAACGCUGCGAAGCCCGCGGACGACUACAUCAACGCCAACUACAUCGACGGAGGCUACAUCGCCUGCUGCGCGCCGGUGCCCGCCGCCAUCCGGGACUUCUGGCACAUGGUGUGGCAGUGCGACGUGCACGUGGUGCUCAUGCUCACCAACUUUGUGGAGCGGGAGAGACUCAAAGCCGACCUGUACUGGGACCCUCACGCCCAAGCGGUGGACUUUGACGGCGUCAAGGUGAAGCUGGUGGACGAGCAGCAGCCGGAGAAUCUCGGCUUUAGUGUGAGGAAACUGCAGGUGUGGAAGGAAGGCACGGAGACCCGAGUGAUUCAGCACAUCCAGCUCACGACGUGGCCCGACCAUGGAGUGCUGCGCGACUUCCGGGUCAUUGCUCCGAUGCUGGACGCUGUCAACAGCUAUCGUAGUGAGGCGUCGAGGACGCACGGGGUGGACGCGAGGGUUGUCGUGCACUGCAGCGCCGGCAUUGGACGCUCCGGCACGUUCAUCGCCAUCGAUAUCUUGUUGAAGCAGCUGUACCAGGUGCUGACCAGUAGAAGUGGUGACGCCAAGGAGAACGCCCGAGCGAUGGAGCACGCGGUCGACAUUUCUCGUGUGGUACACCGCCUGAGGUCGCAGCGGCCUGGUAUGGUGCAAACCCCGGUGCGUUCUUGUCAAUAUGUGCUGCAUAUGAAAGGUUGA